GUCUUUUGGACGUUUAGUCAACUGGCAGUCAGCAAUAGUGAAAGAAGUGAAAUUCUCCUUUAAAAUAUAGAAUAUUUUUAAAUACGAAAUAUCGUAGCAGAAGAAAAGACAACAAAGAAUUUCAAAAAUAUAGUGACAGCUCGAAAAUUCUUUUGGAAAAAUAUUUUCGAAAUUUUGUGUGAAAAAUAAGUUGUUUUAAUUAGUGGAGUUCGUGCAAACUUUUAACGUUAUUUAUAAAUUUUAAUACACAGACACAUAAAUAUACGUCAAUAAAUAAUAAAAUAUACUUAAGACAUUCAAAAGACUCAAAAUCUUCUUUAAGAAAAACAAGCAUAUCAACUAAAAAAUUAAUUAAUUAAAUUAAGCAAAAAUGCAAGUCUUACUGCCCGAACCAAAUUUGCCACCGACAUUACCGCAGGCGGUAGGCGACAAGCUGAAAAUCGUCGAUGAGAUUCAAAGCCUGCUGGAGGCAGCUAACGUUGGCAGCAACAGCUUAGCCAGUGAUGGAAAUAAAGAAAAUGUUGAAGAACUGAAAAGUGACAACAAAACCAGAAAUGCUACUAAACUUGACGACGACAAUAACAACAGUGAUAAGAGCAAUUUGAAUGUGAGCGACAACACUGUGGCAAG